AUGGCAAAGCCAAGCGGCAAGGCCGCGCGGCAGAAGCCAAGGCACCGAGCGAAGGCGAAAGCCAAGCGAUCGCUGCAUUGGCAUGCCGCGCGGCAGAAGCCAAGGCACCGAGCGAAGGCGAAAGCCAAGCAAUCGUUGCCUCGUCUCCAUUUUCCAGAGAAGCUACCGAAUUACGUCGACGGUUACGGAUGGAGCCGUGGCGCGGCGGUCCGUAACCCGGCCCGGCCGCGGCCCCCCCUCCAGCACAUCUGCCCGAAGUGCGGCAGAUCGUUCAACUGGCGCUACAAUCUCCAGCACCAUUUGAAGUACGCUUGCGGACAGUCGCCGCGAUUCAACUGUCCGUAUUGCCCUUACAGGACGAAGCACACGUCGAACGUUAGGGCCCACGUGCGCAGGAAGCAUCCCGAUAAAGAGGUCUACGUCAUCGAUCUGAUGACCGUCGCCCAGUCGGGGAAGAAUUGUGUGCACUGUGCAGAGCCGUCGUACCUAGUGGUGCCCCACAGGAUGAAGAACACGUAUUGGGUGCAAUAUCCGCAGCGGCGGUCCGUCCCGGCGACGAAGGACCACCACCACCAGCAGCCGCAGAGAUUUCCCUGCGGGAACUGUCGCAGCGUGUUUAGCCGGAAAUACAAUCUCCAGUAUCAUUUGAAGUUCGAGUGCGGCCAGUCGCCGCGGUUCAAUUGUCCCUACUGCGUGUACAGGACGAGGCAUCCGUCGAACGUGCGCGCCCACGUUCGCAGGAUCCAUCCUGGGAACACGGUUUACGUGGUGGACGUGAGUGCGCAGCACCGGUCAACGGCGGCGAUGGACGCGACACCGUGUUACGGCGGCGGCCAACGUUGCGACUACGAUCACGCACGGAACAACGAGCUGAGGAGGAGUUAUCCUUGUCACAAGUGCGGUAACGUUUUCACGCGUAGGAACAAUUUGUACAAUCAUCUGAAGUUCCAGUGCGGACAGCUGCCCAGGUUCAACUGUCCUUACUGCUCGUAUCGGACGAGGCACUCGUCGAACGUGCGGUCGCACGUGCGCAGGAUGCACCCUGGCCAGAGGGUGUUCGUGCUGGACGUGAGGGGCGAGCAGGAGUGCCAGCAGCAGUGGGCCUCCCAGAAGUACUCGCUGAACCGGCACCUGACCUACGAGUGCGGCCAGGAGCCACGGUUCAAGUGCCCGCACUGCGAGUACCGUUGCAAGAAGUCGGCCAACGUCUACGAGCACGUCCGGAGACGGCACAAGGACUGCGAGGUGUACGCGAUCGACAUCCUGAAACCACCCUUGCCCGACCUGCGACCGCACCUUCAAGCGGAAGAACAGCCUGAGCAGACACCUGUUGUACGCCUGCGGCCAGAAUCCUCGGUUCAAGUGUCCUUACUGCUGGUACCGGUGCAAGCUCCGCAGCAACGUCUACAGACACGUCCGUACGACGCACAAGAAGCGCGAGGUGUUCGCCAUGGACGUCGUCAGGCACUGCGUGAACAAGCCGAAGUGAAGUCCUCGGGACGGUCCCCAGCGUGUCCUCUAUUUCAGCUCGUCUCGCUCGGCGCCCGCACCUCCGAGACAAUGAUCCAGCAGCGGCGGCGAACGAUCCACGAUCCGUUGUACAUCACCAGCGCCCGUUACAAGAAGCUGCGUGUCCGCCGGUUAGUCGACAUCUCGCACAAGAAGUUCCCGUGCCCGAACUGUCCGAGCGUGUUCGUCUGGAAGUGCACCCUGAAGAGGCACCUGAGGAACGAGUGCGGCAAAGAACCGAAGUUCAAUUGCCCUUACUGCGACUACCGUGGCAAAUGGAAGGCGAACGUGAUCAGGCACAUCAAACGGGUCCACAAAGACUGCAAUAUCUACGUUUACAACAGCUCCUUCCAGAAGCUGUGGCCGUUUAGCAAGAUCGGGAUGCCGGCGAGACGGCCGCACGAGAACGUGUACGUCUGCCCGAACCCGAAUUGCGCCAAGUCGUUCAGUUGGAAGGGGAACCUGAACAGGCACCUCAGAUACGAGUGCGGACUCCAGCCGCGGUUCAAGUGCCCGUACUGCGAGUAUCGGUGCAAGGUAAAGGGGGACGUGAACAAGCAUAUCAUCAGGAAGCAUCCGGGCUUCGCUCUCUACGUCGUCGAUCUCUUCCUAUCCUGAUCAACUUCGCCGCCGGAUCACUUGUAUUUUUUAAACCCGGAAUAAAGAUGACAUUUUCUCUCGAA